AUGGAAGGUGCUGAAAGUGAAAAACAGCUGUUCAGUGACACAGAUUCGGACUGCUAUUCAACCAAUUCUGAAAGGGGCGAUGAAAGUAGGAGUUCUGAAUCUGUGGACGUAGGGUCAUCACCUUCGUCAUCAAUUUGGGGACCGCCAGACCAGUGUGGCUGGAGAGAUGUGAAUAAUUAUGCCAGUAGCUUAGGGAGAAAGAAAGUUUCUUUCACUGCGAAGUUAUUGGCUGCUCCUAGUGAUAGUUGGAGUGCAGACAUUUUAAAGGAAGUGGAAGGACUGUCAGCAAAAAUAGGAAUAGGUGUUACAGCGGAGGGCACCUGUGUCUUGCUGUAUACCAAUUGUGUCGUAACUUUGUGGUAUCAACCACCAGAAUUGUUGCUAGGUGAAUGCAACUAUGGGCCAGCAGUUGAUAUAUGGAGCGUUGGCUGCAUUAUGACAGAGAUGUGGACAAGAGUUCCCAUCCUGCAAGGGAAUACAGAGCAGGGUGUUGGAAGUGACCCCCUUCUGCUUACAAAUGCCUGA